AUUAUCGAUAAAUAUAACAACAAUUUGGCAGAUGGUGAACAUAUGAUCGGAACAUAAUUAAUAUGGCGUAUAAGUGAAAAAAAAGAAAAAAUUAUAAAUUAAUUAAAAAAGGAAUGGGUGUAUAAUUGGAACAGGAGCUAAUAACGUGAGUAAAAAUGGAAGCAGAUCGGCAAGACACUGAAUCAGACAUGGACUGUUCAGACAAUGAAAACGAGUGUUAUGACGAUUAUGAUUAUUACAAUAUCCCUGAAGACAAUGAUAUGGAGCAAAUUGACCCUAGUGAGACAGAUCCAGAGUAUUUCCUGUAUGAAUGCCUUACAGAAGUGCAAGUUGAGCAGCUUUUGAAUGAAACAGUCGCUUUGUUGAGUACCACAUUACAAAUAACACCUUCUCUUGCAAAGGUACUAUUACAUGCACAUAAUUGGUCAGUGUCAGAUAUUGUGUCAAAAUAUCGCGAGAACCCCAGCGCUUUGCUAGUUUCAUCAAAAAUAAAACCAGCAGCUAUUCCAACAACAUUUACAUACACAAGAUAUGCAACAUGUCCUGUUUGUGUCAGUCCCCAAGUCAGUCAGAGUUUUUGUCAUUUAUCAUGCGCCCAUUUGUUUUGCAAGGACUGCUGGACAAUGCACUUCGAGGUGCAGAUUAAUCAGGGAAUUUCCACUGCCAUCAGUUGUAUGGCGCGCGACUGUGAAGUCCUCGCGCCUGAGGAUUUUGUCCUCAAACACCUUUCCAAGCCGAAUUUGCGCGAAAAGUACCAGCAAUUUACUUUUCAAGAUUAUGUUAAAUCUCAUCCUCAACUACGCUUUUGUCCAGGACCUAAUUGUCAAGUUGUUAUUAGGAGUAGAGAAUUAAAGGCCAAACGAUCUGUUUGUACUCAUUGCAAAACUAUUUUUUGUUUUAAGUGUGGAAUGGAUUAUCACGCACCUACUGAUUGUGGAAUAAUAAAACAGUGGUUAACAAAAUGUGCGGACGAUAGCGAAACAGCAAACUACAUAAGUGCACAUACCAAAGAUUGCCCAAAAUGUCAUAUUUGCAUAGAGAAAAAUGGAGGUUGCAAUCACAUGCAGUGCUAUAAUUGUAAGCACGAUUUUUGUUGGAUGUGUUUAGGCGAUUGGAAGUCUCACGGUUCGGAGUAUUACGAGUGUUCGCGUUACAAGGAGAAUCCAAAUAUCGCGCACGAAUCGGUUCAUGCUCAAGCUAGGGAAGCACUUAAAAAAUAUUUGCAUUAUUACGAACGGUGGGAGAAUCACUCGAAAUCGUUAAAACUGGAGGCUGAAACGUUGGAAAAAUUGAAAGCGAGGAUAAACCAGAAGGUGAUGUCAAAUUUGGGAACAUGGAUCGAUUGGCAGUAUUUAUUUGUAGCGGCGAAUUUAUUGGCUAAAUGCCGAUAUACGUUGCAGUAUACUUAUCCGUACGCGUAUUUUAUGGAAACGGGGCCGCGAAAGGAGCUGUUUGAAUAUCAACAAGCACAACUUGAGGCGGAAAUAGAAAACUUGUCGUGGAAGAUCGAACGAGCUGAAACGACGGACCGCGGAGAUUUAGAGAACCAAAUGGAUAUCGCUGAGAAGCGAAGGACUACUUUAUUAAAAGACUUUCUAGACGUGUGAUAUUUUAGAAAAUGUAGCCUUUUUCUCAAAUUCUAAACUUUUCAUCUUAAUCGUAUCGUCUCUGAUAAUAGGGAUUAGUUCAGUUUCCGGCGUCUUGUCGUUAAGCGUGGAUGAUAAUUAAUUACUAUUUAGUGUUUUUCGGUAAGACCGACACGACUACCAGCGUUAUUAAUUUAUUGUGUCCCCCACCUCCCCCUUUCACUUUCCUUUAUCCAAAACGCAACCUAUCAUUUUUCGUUAUCGAAUUAAUUCACAAUCUCUCGUAGGUGGUCGACGUACUUUUAGGAGACUUUUAUUCAUUUCCGUUCAAUUUUACUCGUACUCUCUGUACAGAAAUGUAAGUGCAAAUAUAUUUUUAAGUCUUAUAUAUAUAUAAAUAUAUAUGGAGAUAUAUACCGAGGAGUUUACUACACACGUGUCUUUGGCAGUUUUAAAAAUAUGCGGAAAUCUAUUUUCCCAUUCGUUUUUGUAAAGUUAUCUGUAAUCAAUAUAAUUAAUUAGAAUUUUUAAAUAAUAAAUUCGCAAAAUUUUAAUAUG